AUGCCCAAAGGAAGAUGCUUCAACCCACCUUUAGACAAGGACGGAAUAUGGUUCCCUCACAUUGGACUCACGCAGAAGACACCUGAAUCCAUUACAAGCGCUAUGUUAAAAGAGCCUCAUGGUGCACGCUCAGCUUGUCAAGUGGAGGACAAGCUGCCACCCAUAUACAAGAUCCGCGCAAAGCAAGGUGUAAAUAACAACUUUCCCUUCUCCAUCCAUGACAAUCGGCACAGCUUUGAGAAUACUGGCCACUACUUUGACACUGGCCUGGGACGGAAGAAGAUUGCCACAGAAAAAAGACAACACAUUUCAAGAAAUUUCAAUCUUUGGGCAUGUGACUAUAUUCCAUCUUGUCUUGAUGGUUUUUCAAAUAACCAGAUAUCCUACGUCUAUAAGGAAGCCGUGGUGGUUCCGUUUUUCAGGCGUUUCCCACGACAUCAUGGUGACAAAUGGAACACUUUAAAGCUCAUUCCUGAGAGAAAUUAUACAGACUUUUUGAAAAAGAAACCCAACGUAAGAUUUGCUUUUGACAGAAAGUCUACUUCUCCACAAGAGGAACCUUGA